AUGCUGCCUCCCUCUUCCUCAUUCCCUGGAACUAAGGGAUUUGUUACAGUGGUGUCGAAACCCGGGAACGAGGAAGAUCGCCAUUAUGGAGUCCUCGCCACUGGCCGAGAUCAUAAAAACCCUCGCUGGCAUCCACCAGAUGCAACAUCAGGCCCUCCUGAAGCUGCAGUCGGAGCAGGAACAAUGGUUCCAGGCCCUGUUGCAAGCCCAGGUGGAAGACCGAUAGAUGAUCCGGAGCUUGCUGCCACAGGGGGGUACUCCAGCAGCAACCCCGACCAUGCCUGCUGUGCCUCAGAUCAGGCUGAUGAAAAUGGAACCACAGGACAACCCAGAAGCCUUUACAUCAUGCUGCAGAGGGGUUGGGGUGGUCCCGCACGCAGUGGAUGGUCCAUCUGUUGCCGUUGUUGGGGGAGGCUCAGCUUGCGGCCAACAGCUACCUGUCGUGAGUUUGCUGGAGUUGGUAAAUCUGGUGCAACAGGUGUGGAGCUAAGGUCCGUGCCGGUGUGCUUGCGCUGCGGGGAACCGGGACACAUCCAGAAUCAAUACCCUGUGAUAGAUGUGGGGCCGUGGGUCCGGAUUCCAGACAUGUCACAAGCCGUCCCUGAUUGUGCAGGGAUGUACUGCAUAUCAGUGAGUAUCCAAGGGGGUACAUAUCAAGCCUUUGUGGAUUCGGGUUGUAAUCAGACUUCGAUUCAACAAAGCUUGGGUUUUGCGUAUAGCACGCUGGGUGAAGAUUAUUUUACAAAGUGUGAUUUUGGCAGUGAUUUGGCAACAUUCUGCGAUUGGACCUCUGAGGGGCUCAUCAGCACUCAGACAGAAACAGGGGCACAAUGUCAGUCAGGGACUCAGUUUUGGACAGACGAAACCACUCGUUGCACCUGCACUGAUGAGCAACUCACCUGUUCUCACAUCCCAUUGUCCCGUAAUGACUCCACCUUUGGCACCUGCAAUGUUGCCUCCGAUCCACACUACACUACUUUUGAUGGGGUCGGCUUCCACUUCGUAGGCCCUUGUACCUAUAUUUUGUCGAGGGUCUGCGACAAGUCUGGGUUGCUUCCAGAAUUUGCAGUGGAGGUACAGAAUGAGCAGAGGGGGGAUUCGCCAGUCUCCUCCAUUCAGCAGGUUAACGUCAACCUGCAGGGUCUGAGAGUCAUUAUGCUGAGGAGAGAGAGAAGUAGAGUCAUGGUUAAUGGGAUUUUGAGAAAUCUCCCUUUACAUCUGAACGGAAACACAGUUGCUGUUUAUGCCCAGGCAGAUGCUGUGGUCCUUCACACACACUUCAAACUAUCUGUCUUCUACAUGCGAUCUGGUGCCGUUCAGGUGAUCGUGCCCAGCCAUUACUCCAACAGAAUCUGUGGCAUGUGCGGAAACUUUAAUCAGGUGACAGAGGAUGACUUCAGGGCUCCAAAUGCGUCACUGGUGAGAGAUGCCCGUGUUUUAGGGCAGAGCUGGCUGGCCACUGAUGCUGUGUGUGAGGAGCCCACCCUGCCCAGGGUGUGUUCAGAGACAGAGGAACUGAAGUAUGCCAGCGAAGUGUACUGCGGUGUGCUAACAUCCAAACAGGGGCCAUUCUCAGAGUGCUUGUCAGUUCUCAGUGCAGAAAGCUUUGUGCGAAGCUGCAUGUUUGAUAUGUGUACAUCUCACGGAGAGGCUGAGGCCCUCUGCAAUGCCAUACAAGCCUUCAGUGACGCCUGCAACAAAUUUGGCAUCACUGUUCCUGCCUGGAGAAACUCAACCUUCUGCCCUCUGGUGUGUGGCCCUCACAGCCACCAUAAUGCCUGUGCCAGCGGCUGCCCGCAAACCUGCUCCAGCCUGGACAUGGCAAGGCUGUGUGGGAUAUGUGAGGAGCGGUGCGAGUGUGACAAUGGCUUCCUGCUCAGUGGAGGAACAUGUGUGCCAGCUGAUGACUGUGGAUGCUGGGUGAACGGACAGCAUUAUGCGAUCAGAGAGACAUUUAUGAAGGGUGAAUGUGAGAGCCUGUGUGAAUGUUUGGGACACGGGAAGGUCCACUGUUCUCCUGUGACCUGCUUGGCUGAUGAAGUCUGCAUGGUGAAGGACGUGGUCAUGGGUUGCUUUCCAUCCAGCCCUGUGACCUGCAGCAUCUACGGUGACCCCCAUUACAUCACCUUUGAUGGCAAGGCAUAUUCCUUUUGGGGCACCUGCAAUUACACCAUAGCAAAGACAUGUGGCCCUAGUGCCACCCAGUUCACAAUAACGGCACGAAAUGAGGGCCAGGAGAACUCCACAAAGUCUUCUCUUAACUCCAUAGCUCUUGAUAUGGAAGGCCUUAACCUUGUCAUCAGGAAGAACAGACUGGUUUAUGUAAACGGUGGUCAGGUCAGUCUCCCUGCAGAGUUUGGUUCCUCGAUGUUUGUGUCUCAGUCGGGACCCUACGUUCGUGUUGAUACAAACUUCGGUCUGCGGCUGCUGUUUGAUGGGAACACCCGGCUGUUCGUGCAGGUGGAUGAGCGCUACAGGGGUGUGACAUGCGGCCUGUGUGGUACUUACUCUGGAAGCCAGUUUGAUGACUUUCUGAAGCCUGACGGCAACACAGUCGCACACCCACAUGAGUUCGCCAGUAGCUGGAAUACCAACGACAGCGACUGGCCUUGCAGCAAUGGCUCUCCAGAUCCCCCUGUGUGUCAUCCAGACCUUGAGAAUGCUGCAUUUACAGAGUGCAGUGCUCUUUUUGGAGAUGCUUUCAGUGAGUGCCAUUGGUUCGUUCCUCCACAGAUCUAUGUCAGCAGCUGCGUCUCUGAUUACUGCACCUCCCAGGGGGACAAAGCACAGCUAUGCACCUCUUUGGAGGACUAUGUGUCAGCAUGUGCAUUGGCUGAGGUAUUUCUGACAGACUGGAGGAAUCACACCUUGUGUGCCCCCCAUCCUUCACCACUGCCAACAGACACACCCAAACCAACCCUGUCUCCUGCAAGUUGCCCGUGGAGCUGUAACUUUGACCAGGAUGAAUGUGGGUGGGAACAACUUAUCCAAGACAGUUUUGAUUGGACUAGAUGGUCAGGGUCAACGCCAUCAGACCUCACUGGGCCAGGCAAUGACCACACCACAGGAAAUGGCUCCUACAUGUAUAUUGAGGGGGACAGUGUGGUCCAUGGCGACUCAGCCCGUAUGAUUAGUCCAGUCUGCAACACUCCCGGCAAGCAGUGCGUGAGCUUCUGGUAUCACAUGUACGGCCUGGCAAAUGCUAUGUCACUCAAACUUUACCUGUUUGUGAACAACCAUGCUGUCAAAAUAUGGUCCAGAUUCAACAACCAGGGCAACCACUGGUACCAAGGCAGGGUUGAAAUCAAACCACAACAACCAUUCCAGAUAAUCGUGGAAGGCAUCAGGGGUUCAGAUCCUCGCUCAGAUGUGGCAAUAGAUGAUGUGACCAUAACAUUUGGUGCAUGUGAAUAUUCCUCCACAGAAGAUUUUGGCUCGACCACUCUGGCACCCCCUCUGAUCAGUUCAAACUCAAACAACCCCCAUCCAGUUUGUGGCAUCAACUGUGAUUUUGAAAGUGAUAUCUGCAGUUGGACUCAGUUGUUGACUGAUGUUUUUGAUUGGACAAGACACACAGGCUCCACCUCCUCAUCAAUGACCGGUCCCUCCUCUGACCACACAACAGGAAGUGGUUUUUAUAUCUACAUCAAGGGUGACAGUGCAACUCAUGGCGACACAGCCCGUCUCCUCAGUUUAGAAUGUGCUGACCCUCAACCUCAGUGUCUGCAGUUUUGGUAUCACAUUUAUGGUACCAGCAGCACUAUGGGAUUGAGCGUCUACAUGCUCGAGGAAAAUGUAUCCCAAGAGGUGUGGAGGAGAAGAGAAAACCAUGGAGACAUGUGGCACCGUGCACUGGUGAACCUGAGUCCAAAGACUGAAUUCCAGGUAAUCUUUGAGGGGCGUAUAGGAAGCACAGCCCUGUCAGAUGUUGCCGUUGAUGAUGUCUCUCUCUACAGAGGAACCUGUGAUGAUUUAAUAAGCCAGGUGACUCUAUCACCUGGAUCUCAGGUGUCAUUGCCACCAGCUUCAACAACGCUACAGCCAACACCCAUCCAAACUACUACCACAACCAGACUCAUCCGACCUACCACCACAACUGUCAAAACUACAGGCGCACCUGUGCAAACCACAGUCAGACCCAUCCAACCUAUAAACGUACCAAACUCCCGAGCACCAAUUUGUAGCAUCAACUGUGAUUUUGAAAGUGAUAUCUGCAGUUGGACUCAGUUGCUGACUGACGUCUUUGAUUGGACAAGACACACAGGCUCCACCCCUUCAUCAAUGACCGGUCCCUCCUCUGACCACACAACAGGAAGUGGUUUUUAUAUCUACAUCGAGGGUGACAGUGCAACUUAUGGCGACACAGCCCGUCUCCUCAGUUCAGAAUGUGCUGACCCUCAACCUCAGUGUCUGCAGUUUUGGUAUCAUGCUUACGGUACCAGUAGCACCAUGGGAUUGAGCAUCUACCUGCUGGAGGGCAACAAGGCCCAGGAGGUGUGGAGGAGAAGAGAAAACCAUGGAGACAUGUGGCACCGUGCACUGGUGAACAUGAGUCCAAAGACUAAGUUCCAGAUAAUCUUUGAGGGGCGUAUUGGAAGCACAGCCCUGUCAGAUGUUGCCAUUGAUGAUGUCUCUCUGCACAGAGGAACCUGUGAUGAUUUAAUUAACCAGGAGACUCCAUCACCUACAUCUCUGGUGUCAUUGCCACCAGCUUCAACAACGCCACAACCUGCACCCAUUCAAACUACCACCACAACUGUCCAAACAACAGUCAGACCCAGCCAACCUACGGACGUACCAAACACCCCUGCACCAAUUUGUGGCAUCAACUGUGAUUUUGAAAGUGAUAUCUGCAGUUGGACUCAGUUGCUGACUGAUGUUUUUGAUUGGACAAGACACACAGGCUCCACCCCCUCACCAAUGACCGGUCCAUCCUUUGACCACACAACAGGAAGUGGUUUUUACAUUUACAUCGAGGGUGAUAGUGCAAUUCAUGGUGACACAGCUCGUCUCCUCAGUUCAGAAUGUGCUGACCCUCAACCACAGUGUCUGCAGUUUUGGUACCACAUUUACGGUACCAGCAGCACCAUGGGACUGAGCGUCUAUCUGCUGGAGGGCAAUGUGGCCCAGGAGGUGUGGAGGAGAAGAGAAAACCACAGAGACAUGUGGCACCGUGCACUGGUGAACAUGAGUCCAAAGAGUAAGUUCCAGGUCAUCUUUGAGGGUCGUAUAGGAAGCACAGCCCUGUCAGAUGUUGCUAUUGAUGAUGUCUCUCUGCACAGAGGAACCUGUGAUGAUUUAAACCAGGUGAAUCCAUCACCUACAUCUCAGUGGUCAACAAAUAAUCCAGUGACCCCUCCAGUGGGAAAUGUAACAGUCCAAUUGACACCAACUUCAACAACGCUACAAACCACAGUCACACCUCUCCAAACUACAAACGCACCCAUUGCUAACACAGAUAAUUGUAUCCCAACAACAACUGAACUUGUCCAAACUACAGCUGCCACUGUACAAACUACAGCUAUACCAAGCCACACUACAGUUGGAUCCAUCCAAUCUACAGCUGCACCCAUCCAAACUACAGUUGCACAUGUCCAAACUACAGCCGAACCUGUCCAAACUACAAUUGCACCCAUUCAAUCAACAGCCAAACCCAUCCAAACCACAGCCGAACCCGUCCAAACCACAGUCAAACCUAUCCAAACCACAGACGAACCUGUUCUAACCACAGCUUCACCCAUCCAAACCACAACCGAAUCCGUCCAAACCACAGAUGCACCCAUCCAAACCACAGAUGCACCCAUCCAAACCACAGCCGCACCUGUCCAAACCACAGCCAAACCUAUUAAAACCACAGAUGCACCCAUCCAAACUACAGCAAGGCCCAUCCAGACUACAGGCAUCCCAAUAUCAACACCCCCUUGCCCCGCAAACAGUCAUAACACUGACUGUGUCCCUGCCUGCCUGCCCACUUGUGCACACCUGCACGGCCCUCCUGACUGCAACACUGAUGAGCCGUGUGUGCAGGGCUGUGUGUGUGAUGAUGGCUUUGUGCUUAAACAACGUGUGUGUGUGCCCAUCCAUGAAUGCGGUUGCCAAGACAGCCAUGGCAAUAACCACUAUUUUGGCGAAGUUUGGUACGACAACCAUUGCUCACAGAGAUGUGAGUGUGAGGAAGCGAAUGAUGAAGGGGAGAUACAGUGUGAAGAAUAUGAAUGUGAUAAAGAUGAGAUAUGUCACAUGACUGAGCAGGGAGAAUACAGUUGCUGGGAGACUGAUUUCAACAAAUGCAAAAUCGACGAUGACCCCGAAUACAAAACUUUCGACAACAUGAAGCACAAGUUUAAGGGCAAGCAUUCUUACAUCCUGGUCCAAACCACCGCCCUGCCCAGCAACUUUCAGGAUGUUUACGUGGUCGGCAUCAACAAAAAAAUCAAUGACAAGAGCAGCGAGGAGGACGACAGUAGUGAUGAAGAUGACAGCAGUGAGGAGGAUGAUGAUGGUCGUGUCCGUGCUCUCAGAAUCAGAGUUUAUAACCACACUGUGGAGUUUAAAAAGGGCCGUAAAAUCACAGUAGAUGGGUUGAGUGUUAAACCUCCUGUCUCCCCUUGUGAAGGGAUGAAGAUUUGGGAACGCUCUUCUCGGGUCUAUCUAAAGACUGACUUUGGACUCUCUGUUGAGUUUAAUGGCAAAGGCAAAGCAGAGAUCACUCUUCCCCAAACAUAUAAAAGGAAGAUUGGAGGUCUUUGUGGAAAUUUUGACGGCAGCAGCAAAAAUGACAUGAUGAAGCCAAAUGGGGAGCAGGCAAAGAAUGUGAAAGAGUUUGGAGAGAGCUGGAGGGUAACAGUUGACAAAAUCAUAAUCAGACAGAGGCGGUCCUCACUUCUACAUGCAUGGCUUCGGGCUUGAUCUAAAAUGUUUACUUCAUACAAGAUGAACGAUCAGCUGACAGCACAGUCAUCUGUCAAUGGACCUCUCCUCACAUCAUACCUGACGAAAUAUUCUGACUCGCUUUAGCUAGCUAAUACUUUGUUAGCGUUGUUUACAGAAGAAUUAUCUGGUAUCUCAUUUAACUAAUUCAUUUCUUAACAUGUCGUACAACAAACAUCAUCUCUGCUAAUUAUGAAACGAGCAGAUAAGUGUUGCUUUCCCCUAAUGCAUUUGAAUGGACAAAGACAACAUGUAAAUAUUCUUCUUUUAUAUGACCGAACCAAAAGUGAAUUAGUAGAUUUAUCAGUAAUGUUUAUUUUCCUUUUUCAAAAUAAUUUAAACUAAUGCCUGUUUUCCCAAAAACAAAUGUACAGUAUUGAGUUAGUCAUACAGUAUUUGAAUAAA